AUGUUAGUCAAAGUAAGAAAGAGUCUUGUAUAUAGAAAGCCCAGUCUUAGUUUUGCCGACAAUGUACUCAUGUUAUCAUUGUUAUUACCAUCUCGAAAUGAAACGUGUCGUUUUUAUCUCAAUUCAAACACGGCAACUGUUGGACAACUAAUCGAUGAAAUAAAACAAGAAGAUAAUGGAAUUGAUCACGUUCAACUCUUGCAGGAAAAUGGUCAAACAUUAUCAAAAUCAUUUUCGAUUGAAGCACUCAUGCAAAUGAAAUUUUGCAUAUGUAUAAAUAAGCAGCGAACAUAUUUGUUUGAUCCGAUUACAAAUUUGAAAAAUGUUAAGAGAAAAUGGGAAAGAUCUUCAUUAACCAAUGAAAAUAAUGAUGAAACAGACUUGCUCAGUACAAAUAAUACCGUAGCUGCUUUAUAUCAAGCACUUAAUAUCAUGAAAUUAUACAAUCAAAAACAUAUACAACUCAAAGACGAAUUAGAAGAAUUAAACAAACAAUUGACACCUCUAGAGGAUAUUAAGAACAAAUUGGCCAACAUUUCUCAACGUUAUACAAGUCGAUGUGUAUGGUAUGGUUUAGCAGGAAUGGCAUUUCAAGUAGGAAUGCUAGCUCAUCUAACCUGGGUGGAUUAUUCUUGGGAUAUUGUUGAACCAAUCUCAUAUUUUAUUGCAUUUUCUACGUCAAUGACUUUCUAUGCUGUUUAUCUAUUGACUCGUUCUGAUUUUGAAUAUUUAACUCUAACUGAUCGUUUAUUUUUGAAAAGAUUCUAUCGUGAAGCAAAAAAAAUUCACUUUAAUAUAAAUAAUUAUAAUCUAUUAAAAAAUCGUUAUCAUUCAAUAAAUACUGAUCUGGCACGAUUAAGAACGUCCUUAGAUUUAUCAGUGUCAGCACCACCACAUCCACUUAGAUCAAAAAUUAGCGGCGAAGAAAUUAAUUCUACUGAUUAUUAUCGAUCACGAUGUUGA